AUGUAUAUUAGGAAUAGAAGGCGCGGUCAUUCUUCGAUUGGUCGAAGAGUGAACACACUGCCAUUAAGGCGAGAUGCAUUAGAUAAUAUCAUUGGGGAGGGUGGAGAUAGAAAUUGCAUAUGGGAGUUAAGAAUGAGUUUGAAUGCAUUUGCAACUUUAUGUGAAUUGCUACAAAUUCAAGGUGGAUUAGACGAAGAUGGAGCAUUAGAUGGAACUUAUAUAGAUGUUACAGUCCCGAAGAGUGAUAAAUCUAGAUAUCAGACGAGGAAAUCUAGAAUAUCCACCAAUGUCUUAGGAGUUUGCAAUCGGAACAUGAAUUUCGUCUAUGUCCUUAGUGGUUGGGAAGGAUCGGCAUCUGAUUCAAGGGUACUUAGGGAUGCUAUUACUCGACGUAAUGGCUUGAAAAUACCUAUUGGGUGUUAUUACUUAGUGGAUGCUGGCUAUACCAAUGGGAGAGGAUUUUUAUCUCCUUAUAGAAAUGUUCGUUAUCAUGUGAAUGAGUGGGUUCAAGGUCAUCGGGCACCACAAAAUCGUUUAGAGUUAUUUAAUAAGAAGCAUUCUUCGGCUAGAAAUGUAAUUGAGCGGUGCUUUGGGUUGCUUAAGAAAAGAUGGGAAAUUCUACGAAGUCCCUCGUUCUAUCCUAUUAGGGUUCAAAGCCACAUUAUUAUUGCUUGUUGUUUGUUACAAAAUUUUAUUCGUAUGAACAUGGAUGUUGAUCCCGAAGAAGAUGCAACUCUUUUGCAAGAACACAUACCCGUAGGAGAUGAUACUAUAGUUGAUGAAGCUGACACAAUUGAUGCUGUGGAAAGUAGCCAUGAGUGGACUCAAUGGCGUGAGGACUUAGCAACCGAGAUGUGGGAAAUAUGGAGAGGAGAACAUGGCGCAUAG